AUGCAGUGGCAAACUGUUCCAGUGGACGGCGACGGAACAAAGCUGGGAUAUAUCGACUCCGGAGCACCGCCUACAUCUUCGUAUACAACAGUCGUUCUGGUGCAUGGGCACACUUUCAAUGCACCUGUUUUUUCCCGCCUUUUACCCCUCGCACAGCAGAAUGAUCUUCGUCUGAUUGCUCUUAACCAGCGAGAUUAUGUCAACUCGACACCGUUCGCCGAUGCAGAGCUAGAUAUACUUUCCAGUAAUGAUGAAGUAGCUCACAUGAAUUUCUUUCGCGCAAGAGGCCUUGAAUAUGCAAGAUUCUUGUGUUGGGUUAUCAAGGAAUUGAAUAUCCCGCGUUUGGAUCCUGCCGAGUCGUCCGGUGGUCUUGCGUUUUUGGGCUGGUCGCUCGGCAACCUCACGACUAUCGCGUUUCUCGCGUAUUUGGAUUCCUGUCCGCCGGAGAUCAUUCAAACACUGAAGCCUUAUCUGAAAUCAUUUUUCAUCUAUGGCGCUCCACAUAUGUUCCUUGGAUAUCCUAUCCCUCCGGGUACAUACAAUCCAUUUUAUGUACCAGAGAAUCCUAUGAGGAUCGCCCCGCUCUCCUUCGCAUCAUGGGUAUCAGCGUACUACAAGCAUCCGGCUGAUUCCGAAUCGGGCUCUACUGUUACUCCGGACGCCUUCAUACAGCACGAACCAGAGAAACAUUAUCGUCCCUGUACAACUGAUACGAUGUCAACCGACGAGCUUUCGAUGACGCUCGACUUGACGCCAAACGCUCGCUCCGAGAGAUUCUACUUUGACAUGUCGUUUCCUAUGCUGCACAAUAUGCUCGAGAAAGCCUUACUCGGUGCGAACAAUAGCCCACUCCCAAACAUGAAAGUAUACUAUAUUUUCGGUCUUGAGGAUAUCUGGCUCAUUCAUUGGGCUGCCGUCGAGUUCAAGAAGGACCUUGCGAAGUGGGAAGACGAGAGGAAGGAUCCAAGGCCGAUAAAGGUCAUUCCAGUUGCUGAAGCAAACCAUUUCGUAAGUUGUGACACAGGUAUUAUUGGAAGUCUUAGUUGUUUACUCAUGUUAUACCAUGGCAGAUACAUUGGGACGACCCCAAGGGUUUCUUGGACCUGA